UACCUCAACAAUCGUUAGUUAAAUAUAUAAUCGGUAGGGUAAGAACAUAAUCGGUUGGCUGCUUGUACAUAUGUAACUUGAAAAUAUUGUUAUUUUGAAAUAACCUAUAAUCGGUGGACUGGUAGUUUACUUUUCUCUCGAUUAUGAAGUUGUCCCAAAAUUGGAUUUUGAAAAAAUCUGGCCACCCCCAUUUUUCAGAUUUUGGACACUAUGAAACCCACCGACAAAAAAGUACAGGGACGCACCCAUUUCUUAGGUCAAAAUUUUCCCAGAUCCAGAAUUUUUAGAAUUUUGUUUUUCAUUUUUUAACAGUCUCCUCUUAUUCAGUUAUUUGUAUCUCUUUCGUUUUGAUUUUCAUUACAAAACCUCUCUCCGAUUUGAUGGGUAUUCACCACGGAUCCAGACCUCUCCCUGAAGCCAAGAAGAAGAAGGAAGAACAGAGUGAAUUGUUGCGGCCUGACAUUCCAUUGAAAUUGGUUGGUAGUUGCUGUUAGUUGAGUAAAUGGAAGAGUUACAGAUACAAAAGCUUUAGUGGGGGUUAGACUGAGGUUCUGGUGUCGAUACUUCUUCUUGCUGGGAUCAAUUUGUCGCCAACCUAGCAGUGAUUUUAAAAGGUGUUUACCAAGGGGAUCUGUUGCAGUGAUUUUAGUGGGUUCUGUUGGUUCGAUUUGGAGGAGAUUUAGCUUGUUCUUGAACUGAACUUCAACUGGAAACAAGUUGUUGAUGGGUUAGGACACAUUUCAGAAGUAUACCGAAAUGGAACUGUAAUGCUAAUUCAAGAGAAUGAAUCUGGGUGAGUUUGGAAGCUAUCAAAGGUUGAAGCUACAGCAUGAUGAGUAUAUCAUACAACAUGUUCGGGUAAAUGCCUGAACCAACAUCGUUUAAAAGUAUAGUGAAGAAGAAAUCGACAGAGAAUUUCAACGGGAUGUCGUACAUUUGCACAUUAUUAAGUACAUCAUUAUGGACAUAUUAUGGUUUACUUAAACAUGAUGGCAUGCUUACUAUCACUAUUAAUGUUGCUGGUGCUAUUCUUCAAGCCAUAUAUGUUAUUCUUUUCAUCAUCUAUGCACCUAAAAACUCUAAAGUUAAACAUUUGAAGUUAGCAGGGAUUUUAAACUUGGGGUUCUACACGACGGUAGUGCUAAUUACAUUUCUUGCUACCCAUGUAAGCGUCCGAAUUACGGUUAUUGGAUUCCUUUGUGCAGGAUUGACUUUAGUAAUGUAUGCUUCUCCACUAGUAUCCAUGAUUUCGGAGUUGUAGGAUACAGUGAGUUAAUAGUGACUGUGGUGUUCGAAGUUUCAUGGAUUUGCAACAUCUCAGCUCUAACUUCGCCGUCUAACCACCAACACCACAUGUCAAUUAUGAUAUUACCAUGUGUCAUUUGAAGGAAAAUGAUGAUUACUCAAAUCUUUUCUUUUCGUCAACAGGCUUUUCUUGAUGCGGUCUCCUGGAGUAUAGAGUUCAGUCGUAGUCCAAUCAUACUUGACUAGCCUUAACAACUUUGACCUGAGACAGUAUGAUUCAGUUUUGAAAAUGGUUUCACAACAUGUUAUGUAUCUACAAAAGUUGUUGCAUAACUUGAUAUGCAGUCCCGAAAAUGGUCGCAAUGCGGCUACUUUUUUCUUAAUAUUGAAACCA